CAUUCAAAUUUUCAAACGCUUUCUUGAAAGUUUUUGAAACUUGCAUAAGCAGAGCAUCUUCAUGGUUCAUACUUGCGCAUAUAAUUAGAAAGAUUUUCUACAGUCAAAAUGACAAAACUCAUCAGAAACUUGCUGUUACUGUUACUCAACGCAAGAGUCAUUUGUUCGUGCACAAGUCGUCCCUCUUCAUUCAGUGUAUCGGGUGUGAACAGCAGUCAGGCGACCGUUUCUUGGAACUCCAUUGCGGGUGCAUCCACGUAUGACUUCAGUUCCUCCAUUGACGGAUCCACACUACAUUCAGGACUCACUCAAAACUCAUACGUGCUUGACAACUUGAUUGGAGGGACCAGGUACGACAUCACUGCACGUGUGGAGGCAUUCUGCAGUGGCACAGCCUCGGGUCCAUUCUCGGAUGUGAUCAUAAUCACCACAAUUCCUGAGAUACCUACGGCUGAGAUCAACAUGGUGGAUCGGGGUGCCAUCAACAUCGUGAUGAGGAGUGAGGGUCCCGUGGAUACAUUCACCAUCGUCAACUCAGUGCUGCCGGGUGGAUUCCACACCAGCCCUGAGAACUCACAAUUCAUCAGCGGACUGAAUCGAGGAUCAACCUACACCUUCCAGAUAUACUCCACCUUGAAUGGGGUCAAUUCGGAAAAACUUCUACUGGAACACAAAGUACCCGAAGACAAAAUUGCUGGGAUCAAUGCAUGGACAUUUGCCGCCAUAAUCAUCACGAUCAUGUUCCUGCUUCUGAUUCUGAUCAUUUUUCUGGCGGUAUUCGUCAUCUUCUAUAAACGGAACAGACACGAAAAGAGGAAUGGCGACGAUUCGGAUAGUCAAGACAGUUUGAAAAUUUCAAAAUAAUAUAACUCAUAAUUUGAUCAAAUGAACUGUUGAUAUUAAUAACUGCACAUACUUCUUAACUACCCAAUUCCUUGCGAGCACUAUUUCAAACCCACUCAAAACCAGACCUCAAAAUGGGUCUAGGACAACAAGCCGACGGGACUUCAGGCCGAAAUUUAAACUUUAC